CAUCUCUCCAAGCCAAGUCUCUUCAACAUGCUUACCAAGAACCUUCUCCUCUGCUUCGCCGCAGCUAAGGCUGUUCUGGCCGUUCCCCACGACUCUGUCGUCGAGCGUUCGGAUGCCUUGCACAAGCUCUCUGAGCGUUCGACCCCGAGCUCGACCGGCGAGAACAACGGCUACUACUACUCCUUCUGGACCGACGGUGGUGGUGAUGUGACCUAUACCAACGGUAACGCUGGCUCGUACUCCGUCGAGUGGUCCAACGUUGGCAACUUUGUUGGUGGAAAGGGCUGGAACCCUGGAAGUGCGAAGGACAUCACCUACAGCGGCACCUUCACCCCUAGCGGCAACGGCUACCUCUCCGUCUAUGGCUGGACCACUGACCCCCUCAUCGAGUACUACAUCGUCGAGUCCUACGGCGACUACAACCCCGGCAGUGGAGGCACCUACAAGGGCACCGUCACCUCCGAUGGAUCCGUCUACGAUAUCUACACGGCUACCCGUACCAACGCCCCUUCUAUCCAAGGAACCGCUACCUUCACCCAGUACUGGUCCGUUCGCCAGAACAAGAGAGUCGGAGGAACUGUUACCACUUCCAACCACUUCAACGCUUGGGCUAAGCUGGGCAUGAACCUGGGUACUCACAACUACCAGAUCCUGGCUACCGAGGGCUACCAGAGCAGCGGAUCUUCCUCCAUCACUAUUCAGUGAGCUUGGAUGUCCAACCGUGCUUGCAGGGAUUGUCUGGAUGUGGGUUUGGGAAAUGAGUGCGAUGGUGCUUGCAAGUAUUGAGCAGUCGUAUGAUGUGUGAAACAAUUAGUUGCUCGCUAUCAAUGCAUUUGUCAUUUGGA